AUGGCGACUUUGGAAACUUCGACGCAUGUCUACAAGACUGCAGAUGGGCUAUCCCUCGAGAUUGACAUCUUCAAACCUCCAACCGCACAGAAAGACAGCAUUGUCCUCCUUCAUUUCCACGGCGGAUUCCUGUUGAUUGGCGAAAAACCAACAUUCCCUCCCCACUGGCUCAUCAACGCCUGUCACCACAGAGGAUGGAUAUACGCAACAGCAUCCUACAGGCUCCUCCCCGAAGCAAGGGGUCUAGACAUCCUCCAAGACACACUCGACGCAGUCCACUGGGUCAACAAAAACAUCAGCAGCAAAAUUAUCAUAGCCGGCUCCAGUGCCGGAGGAUAUCUAGCCCUCGCAACAGCAGCCCAUCCAAGUUGCCCUCGACCCGUCGCCCUUCUCGCCAUUUAUGGAAUGCUUGAUCCAGCAAGCAAGCGGCAUAUCCAUCCCGGGCAACCUCUGAUGGGACCAAUUGAUGACGAAGACAAAUCCCUGAGUGAGAUCGAUUCAGCAAUGCAGAGCGGGAGGGUGCUGGACGGGUAUCCUUUCCCAGCAAAUCCACCCACCGAUCAGAGAAUCAGGUGGAUCAGGACAAUGCAUCAGGCUGCACGGUAUGCGGAUGUCCUUACGCGGUGUCCAGGUCUGGCGCAGCGCAUUACCAUAGAAGGCACGAGUGCUAUUCCCGAGGAAUACCGGAUCCUUUUUCCUGCGAGCUUCGGCUUGACGCCGAGUUUCCCGCCUACUGUUCUUUUGCAUGGUGAUCGUGAUGACUUGGUUGAGUUUGAUCAGAGCUCUAUGGUAGCUGAGAAGUUGAGGGUUCUUGGUGUUGACACUUAUUUUGAAAAUGCCGUCGGACAGGGUCAUGGGUUUGAAACCAAGGAGGUUAUUGAUUUAGAUGCUGGCGAUGCAGCAGACGGUAACGUGAUGAAAGAUUCUCUUCGGCGUGUUAUUGCUGUUCUUGAGAAGCAUGUUUCGUCAGGUUAG